UUUAAAAUCUGUGAUUCAAGGCGCCGCCAUUGGCGCCACUGAUGUAUGUAUGUAAAGUGGUGGUUCCAUACUGUAAAGUCUAUGUCUAUGCCAAUAAAAAAAUUAUCAUCAUUAUUAUUAUUACCUUGCCUGUAGCGUCUGCUCCCGGGAUCUCGAGUCGAGUGUCUCAAUAAGCCUCAAGUGCGAAUGACAUGAGUGACAUGACACCAACGAGUUGAGGUUAAGAAAGGGUUUACGAGAUUCGGCAUUUUCCUCCGAUUGUAUACCAGCUGUGUCGCCGCAUCACCUAACGACAGCCACAUAGUGCUUCUUUUUUCCUCGUUCUCCUCGGCGAUUUUGCUCAAUUCAACGCUAUUACUUCAGCUAGCCGUUCUACUUAGCUAUACAGUGCAAGUCGCAGACGCACAGCAAAGUGCAAUCAAGCAUUACACUAACCUAUUGUCGACAAAGUCCGUCAAGAUUUUACUUGAUUUGGUCUCGAGCGACGGGGAUGCGCCGGUAGUGAAUGGAAAGGGUGCAGCUGGACCAGCCGCAGAGCAGCAGGAGCGCCCGGCGAUGACGAUGGCCGACUCGACGGAGAGCGCCUCGCGCAUCCCCGUGACCUUGGGGCGCUCGCCGAGCUUGCGACAGAAGGGGGAGCGUCUGCAGCUCAAGACCGAGCUGCGCCAGCAGCAACAGCAGCCGUCGCGGCGACGGCCCGAGCCCUUCCCGGCAAUCAGCGAGCACGCCGACGCGGGCCGCGCCGAGCCCAAGACUGCCCUGCGGCGCUGCUCCUCGAGCCUGUCGCUGCAGCAGACGCCUCCACGACGAGCCGACGACAGUAGCGACGUGGACAGCGUGCGGAGUUACGGUAGCAACUGCAGCAACAUGAGCACCGCCUCGACCUCGGCCUGCGAGCACGCGCACUUCGGGCUGAACGGCACCACCUGGUCGGCGCGCUCCCGGCGCUACGUGGUGCACUGCAGCCCGCAGGCGCGCGACGAGCCGGCCGAGCAGUACCUCACGCCCACGCAGCGCUCGGCCAGGCAGCUGCGCCAACUGCAGACGCUGCUGCGCGAGACACGCCAGCAGCUGGACGAGCGCGAGCAGCAGGUGGCGCGGUUGACGCGCGAGCUGGUGGAGCUGCGGCUGCUGCAGGCGGCCGGCGGCGGGUGCGAGGCCGCGCCAGGCAGCCCGCCGCCCGAUGGCCCGGACGGCCCGGCCUCGGUCCCCGACUCGGGCCACUUCGAGGACGGUGCGGCCUCGCAUUUCGAGCGCAGGAUCGAUGAGAUGCAGCGGCGGCAUCGCGAGGAGCUGCGACGACUGGAGCAGGCGCACUACGAGCGCGUGGACGCGUUGCUGGACCAGCUGGCGGAGGCGGACGCGCGCCGCGGCGAGGCCCGGCCAGCGCCGGGACGCGCGCGGUCAGAGUCGACCGAGCUGCCUCGCAAGUCGUCGGUUGGCCGAGACGGGCGCGGUGCGCCAGAACCAGCCGCCGGGCGCCGAGAUCAGGCUCCCGAGGAGCGCGCCGCCGGCUUCCCCGCCGUGGCCACGGUCACCGAACUGCUGCAACAGCUGACCGACACGCGGGCCGAGCUCGACGGCGUCAAGCCGUCGCAUCGACGCAACUCCACCCGUACUAAUGACGACACGCCUUGUCCGGUCGGUUCCCUCCCUCCUCUCUCGCCACAGCAGCAGCAGUUCCAGGGCUCCUGCUGCAUUCCGCAGCCUCCGACUGUGGCCUGCCGCAGCCAGAGCUUGCUAAGCCUACAGGAGGCUGUGUCUCUCUGGGUGCUUGGCACGCGUCAGGUAUUGUACGAGUCCCCGUCGCUCGACACCUCGCCGUCACGUAAUGUCGUCGAUGUCGUUUUUGUCAACCGCUGCCCAGCCACGCAAUGUAUAGACGUAUCCUAGAAUCAAGAAAUAAACAGAAUGCACACGAUCCUGAAAUCACCCUGCAGUUCCUUAAGUCAGCUGUCUACUAUUUCCUCACAGACAAGGAGAACCUUCACGGACACCUCAAUGCCAUUGAAAGUAUACUGGGCUUCACCGACU